AUGACUGCAGCUUUUGCAUCAAACAAGCUCCUGAGUUUGGGAACAAAGAUAGUGGCAGUAGGAAGGAAUUACGCAGCUCAUGCCAAAGAGCUUGGCAACGCUGUGCCAAAGGAGCCAGUUCUAUUCUUGAAGCCCACAUCAUCUUAUCUUCAAAAUGGGGGUGCCAUUGAAGUCCCUCAUCCUUUGGAGUCAUUGGAUCAUGAAGUAGAGUUAGCAGUCAUUGUUGGGCGAAAUGCUCGUGAUGUUCCCCAAGGAACUGCCAUGGACUAUGUUGGAGGUUAUGCACUUGCCUUGGACAUGACUGCAAGAGAAAUCCAAUCUUCUGCUAAGGCUGCAGGGCUUCCUUGGACAGUCGCCAAAGGCCAAGACACCUUCACCCCCAUUGGUUCAGUUAUACCCACGUCUAUGGUGAAGGACCCUCAUGACUUGGAGUUAUGGCUAAAGGUAGAUGGUGAAACCCGACAAAAGGGUUCAACCAAAGAUAUGAUGUUUAAGAUCCCAUUCCUUAUCGGUCAUAUAAGCUCUAUUUUGACUCUUUUUGAAAGAGACGUCAUACUGACUGGUACUCCACCCGGAGUUGGCCCUGUAAAAGCAGGACAGCAGAUAGCAGCAGGUAUAACGGGCCUGGUAGAGGUCCACUUGAUGUUCAGAAGCGCCAGCGACCAAACAGUUCUUAAAUACAUCAAAAGAAUCAAAAUUGCUUCUUCCACCGAAACUCCUCUUCCUAUUCCAAUUGAGACCUGAGGAUUUGAAACUCUGCAAUUCAAAGCUGAAGGCGCACAAAUAUGCAUUUCUUAUUAUAAUAUUAUG